GACCUGACAUAAAAUCUCUAGGAAGAGGAGAAGCAGAAGAACAGCCUGUAAAAUGAGUGUAUAUGAGGAGAGAGAGGAUGAGGCUCCUGUUGACACUCAGAAGGAAGCAUCUCCAGGAUUCAGAUGUGUGUCUAUGAAGACUAACAACUCCAUGGUUCUGUCCCCUGAACUCAGUAAUCUUCACACUCAGAGAGCAGCAUCUUCAGAAUUCAGCUGUGUGUCUAUGCAGAGUAACAACUCCAUGGGUCUGCCCCCUGAACUUAGUGAUCUUCACACUCAGAGAGCAGCAUCUUCAGGAUUCAGCUGUGUGUCUAUGCAGAGUAACAACUCCAUGGGUCUGCCCCCUGAACUCAGUGAUCUUCAUACUCAGAGAGCAGAAUCUUCAGGAUUCAGCUGUGUGUCUGUGAAGACUAACAACUCCAUGGGUCUGCCCCCUGAACUAAGUGAUGUUCAUACUCAGAGAGCAGCAUCUUCAGGAUUCAGCUGUGUGUCUGUGAAGACUAACAACUCCAUGGGUCUGCCCCCUGAACUCAGUGAUGGACCUGCUAUAACCUUUAACCCUGUCAUCAUCAGCAAGAAGAGAAAGAGAGCAACGUCUCCACUGCAGCCCCCUGAUAUCGGUGAAGGAGCAGAGCCCUUUGAUACUGUUGGCAGGAAAGCUGAUCAGAUCAGAUUUGUGUCCUAUCAGACCUUCACAUCCCCUUACCAUCAGAACCACUUCAGUCAUCAUGACACAGAAGCAAACCUGCAGAUCUUUUCUCAUCAACCAGAGCAUGAUGAUCUACAGAGAGUCAAAGACCAGCACAAAACCAGCAUGAAGAACAAGUAUGAGAGCUUAUUUGAGGGAGUCAAACUACAAGAGAAUCAAACCCUCCUGAACAGGAUUUACACACAGCUGUACAUCAUAGAGGGAGAGAGUGAAGGAGUGAAUGAAGAACAUGAAGUGCUACAGAUGGAGAAAAGUUACAGGACACUCCAAGACACUCCAAUCAACUGCAAUGACAUCUUUAAUCCUUUACCUGAACCAGGAGAUGAGGAGAAGAGAAGAAAGAAAGACACAAUAAAGACUGUUCUUACUAAAGGCAUCGCUGGAAUUGGAAAAACCGUCUCUGUGCAGAAGUUCAUCCUGGACUGGGCCGAGGGAAAAGCCAAUCAGGAUGUAGAUUUCAUGUUUGUGCUUCCAUUUAGAGAAAUGAACUUGAUUAAAGAUCAUCAGUACAGUCUUCACAGACUUCUGCUUGACUUUCAUCCUGAACUUCAACAUCUGGACUCAAAGAUUUAUGAUGAAUGUAAAGUUGUGUUCAUCUUUGAUGGUCUGGAUGAAAGCAGAAUUACACUGAUGUUUACAGACAGUCAGAAAGUUUCUGAUGUGACUGAGAUUUCAUCAGUGGAUCUGUUGAUGUCAAACCUCCUGAGAGGAGAUCUGCUUCCCUCUGCUCUCAUCUGGAUCACCACCAGACCAGCAGCAGCCAAUCAGAUCCCCUCCAACUACAUCAACCGUGUGACAGAGAUUCAGGGAUUCAAUGACCCUCAGAAGGAGGAAUAUUUCAGGAAGAGAAUCAGUGACGAGCAUCAAGCCAGCAGAAUCAUCUCACACAUCAGAAGAGCAAGAAGCCUCCACAUCAUGUGUCACAUACCCGUCUUCUGCUGGAUCUCAUCCACUGUGCUUCAAAACAUCCUGAAACAAGAUCUCAGUGCAGAAAUCCCUCAAACUCUGACUGAAAUGUACAUCUACUUCCUGCUCAUUCAAACAAAGAUGAAGAACCAGAAGUAUGAAGAGAGACAUCCAGAGAAACUCCUGCAGUCCAACAGAGAAGUGAUUGUGAAACUUGCUGAACUGGCUUUCAAUCAGCUGAUGAAGGGCAAUGUGAUGUUUUAUGAGGAGGACCUGAGAGAGAGCGGCAUAGAUGUCACUGACGCCUCAGUGUAUUCUGGGAUCUGCACUGAGAUCUUUAGAGAGGAAUCUGUGAUUUAUCAGAGGAAGGUUUAUAGUUUUGUACAUUUGAGCUUUCAGGAGUUUUUUGCAGCACUGUAUGUGUUUUUCUGCUAUUUACACAAGAACACUGAGAUUCUUAAAAUGUUCCUGACAGGAAAGAACAGAACUCAGUGUGGGAAUAUUCCUCUGGAUGUGUUUCUGAAGGAAGCAGUGAAUAAAGCCUUGAGCAGUGAAAAUGGACACCUGGAUCUCUUCCUUCGGUUUCUUCAUGGUAUCUCACUGGAGUCCAAUCAAAGCCUCUUACAGGAAGUACUGAUACACACCGAGAACAACCCAGAGAGCCUCAAGAAAAUAAUCCAAAACCUCAAACGAGGUCAGAAAAACAAUAUCAGUCCUGAAAGAUGGAUGAAUCUGUCACACUGCUUGAUUGAGAUGAAAGAUAAUUCUGUUGUUAAAGAAAUGCAGGCAUUUUUAAACUCUAAAACAAAAAGGAAAAAAUUCUCUCUUGCACAAUGUUCAACUUUGGCAAACAUAAUCCUGAUGUCAGAGGAGGUGCUGGAUGAGCUAGACUUCAAUAAGUACAACAUCAAAUCUAAAGAGGGCAGAAGGAGACUGGUACCUGCUGUGAGGAACUGCAGAAAAGCUGUAUUAACAGCCUGUAAGCUCGCUGAUCAACACUGUGAAAUUGUGGCUUAUACUCUACAAUCAUCAAACUCCCCGCUGAGAGAGCUGGACCUGAGUAGAAACCACCUGCAGGAUUCAGCAGUAAAACUCCUCUCCGAUGGACUGAAGAGUCCAAACUGUCAACUCAAAAUACUGAGAUUAACUGCCUGUAAUCUCAUUGAUCGGCACUGUGAAAUUGUGGCUUCAGCUCUACAGUCAUCAAACCUCCCACUGAGAGAGCUGGACCUGAGUAACAAUCACCUGCAGGAUUCAGGAGUGAAACUACUCUCUGCUGGACUGAGGACUCCAAUCUGUCCUCUCAGUGUGCUGAGAUUAUCUGGCUGUAUGGUGACAGCAGAUGGUUGUGCUGCUCUGUCAUCAGCUCUGAGGUCAAACCCCUCACACCUAAAAGAGCUGGAUCUGAGCCACAAUCACCCAGGAGAAUCAGGAGUGAAGCUAAUCAACCAUUUGGAAAAACUCAAUCUGACAGGUUGUUAUCUCUCUGAUCAGCACUGUGAAAUUGUGGCUUCAGCUCUACAGUCAUCAAACUCCCCAUUGAGAGAGCUGGACCUGAGUAAACAUGACCUGCAGGAUUCAGGAAUAAAGCUGCUGAUUGGACUAAAGAGUGCAAACUGUCAACUCUGCAUACUGAGAUUGGUCAGCUGUAAUCUCACUGGUCAGCACUGUGAAUUUGUGGCUUCAGCUCUACAGUCAUCAAACUCCCCACUGAGAGAGCUAGACCUGAGUCGCAAUGAUCUUCAGGAUACAGGAAUAAAGCUGCUGUGUGCUGGACUGAGGAGUCCAAACUGUCAACUCAACAUACUGAGAUUAUCUGGCUGUAUGGUGACAGCAGAUGGUUGUGCUGCUCUGGCAUCAGCUCUGAGUUCAAACCCCUCACACCUGAGAGAGCUGGAUCUAAGCUACAAUCACCCAGGAGAUUCAGGAGUUAAACUCUCUGAAACACUCAAACAUCUGGACAAACUCAAUGUGGAUCACGGAGGAGAGUUCAGGAUCACAGCAGGACCUCAGAAAUACGCCUGUGAUCUCACACUGGAUCCAAACACAGCAAACAGAAACCUCGUUCUGUCUGAGGAGAACAGAAAGGUGACGCGGGUCUCUAAGUCACAGUCGUAUCCUGAUCAUCCCGACAGAUUUGAUUAUUAUGAGCAGGUUCUGUGUUCAGAGAGACUGACUGGACGCUGUUACUGGGAAACUGAAUGGAGCGGAAGAGUUGAUAUAUCAGUGUGUUAUAAAGAAAUCAAGAGGAAAGGAGUGAGUGACUGUGCGUUUGGAUGUAAUGAUAUCUCCUGGAUUCUGAUCUGCUCUGAUCAAGGAUUCACUGCUCUUCACAAUCGUAAAGACACUCGUAUCUCUGUUGCUCCAGACUCCUGUAAGAGAGUCGCAGUGUUUCUGGACGAGUCGAGCGACUCUCUGUCCUUCUACAGCGUCUCUGACACACACACACUCACACACUUACACACAUUCACACACACAUUCACUCAGCCGCUACUCGCUGGAUUUAGACUUUAUGACUACUCUUCAGUGUCUCUGUGUCACAUUAAACAUUAAACACACACACACACUCACACACACACUGAUAAAUAUGUGUAAAGUAAUAUCUCAUAUUUCCUCUGUUGUGUCAUAUUAUUUUCAGGAGUUCAUCCAGUUUUAGUUUUAUAGAAACCUCUCUAAUCAGAUAAUUAUUAAUGUACAUAAUUAUUAACAGUAUUAUUAAUCUCUUUUUCUCUGAUGUGAAAUAUUGUUAUUGUGAUGAAAAUGAAGUAAAUCUGAUUCAGAUCCUG